UCUGGCCUUCACUCUCACUCUCUCUCGGCAUCACUGAGCUGUUAUCUGAUACCUGAACAGACUGCCAUGUGGAGCAUGUCUACUGAAUGUGUGAGGUCACUCUCAGACAAAGCCGAGCACACAUUCACCAUGCAUGAGCAUCUCUAUGGGCAUGCAGAAAUGGACAAGCAGAAGCACAAUUCUGAAGAACAUCAGCCGGACAAACUGGGACAGAAGAAACCUCGGAGGAAAGAUACUCCUGUACUCAACAGCCAUCCGCUCAUACCAGGUGUGAGACUGAUUAAAACAGAGGCUCAAAUGAUUCACCAAGAGGAUGACGAGAAGGAGAUGAAGAAGUAGAUGUGUUUUUAGGUCUCAAAAGCUUUGGUUUUCAUUUUUUAUUUUGGACUGUUCACUGAGCCUACAUUAAAUAUUGGUUUUGCAGAUACUGUUUUGCGCGGUCAUGUUGUCAUUUUGAGGGUUACACUGUAGAAACACAACUUGCAGUGAAGGGACUUCCUUAUAAUUAAAACAUGAUCAUUGCAACGUAAAUGUAAAUUUAGUGCAUGUAUUUGACAAUCCAUUUAUUAUAUAGACAGCAAAGACAAUUUAGCCUUAAUUAACAUGCAAAACUAUUGAGCCUAAUCCUGGAAGCAGUGCUCUUGAACAGAUGUGUCUGUGUGUGAUAUGUAUGAUAUGAAACUUGUCAAGAACAUGUUCAGGUCAUAUUUGACCCCAAAGUCACAAUAUAUAACAAAUUAUAUUUUACUUAAAGAAAAUAGGAUCUAUGGAACAACAUUUGUUACAUUGUGAUAUUAUUUUCAUGACAGUUAAGCACAUUUAGCCCCUUAAUUCUUAUUACCAUCAUGCAAACAUUAAUACAUGGUAGUAUUGAUUGUACUUUA